AUGAUAAAUGAGGCCCCUGGAAUGCUGUUGUCUGAUGAAGCAGAGAAAGCCUGUGAGUAUCUGACUUCAGUUCUGGGUGGAAACCCCUUACUCCUGACAGAGCUGGACCUGAGUGGGAAGAUUUCUGGAGACUCAGGAUUGAAGAAGCUCUGUGCUCUACUGAAGGAUUCACACUGCAGAGUCAAGACAUUGAAGUUGUCAGACUGUGGUGUAACAGGAGAAUUAUAUGCUGCUCUGACCAAAGCUCUCAAAUCAAACCCUUCACACCUGGAGGAGCUGGACCUGAGAGGAAACGACCCUGGAGACUCUGGAGUGGAGCUCCUCACUGAUUUACUGCAGGAUCCUACCUGUAAACUGCAGAGACUAAGGCAAGACCUGUUUACAUUGUACCAGUAA